AUGUCAGGAAGUGCCCUCCAGGAUGACGCAUGGGAACAAUCUGGAUCUUGUCAAAACGUUGAAGAAACAGGAAAGGAGGGAACGGCUCCAAUCUCUACAAAGACAAAAGACUGUAGACGGAAAAGGACGUCUACAAAGGGACAUAGCAGAAGGCAGACUUCUCCUGACCGAAAGGAAGGCGGCCAAGCGCAAACCUAUCCGUAUCAAACAACCGAGAUCAAUACACAACUUACUCACAAUAAAACAUCAGACAUUCCGGGGAAUCUGCCUGCUUCAUCGCAGCCAAACACUCACACACAUCAGCGUAGUCUAGAUUCUCCACUCUCAGAUCUCAAAUCGAGUCUCGAGCGUGAACAGGAGAUGCAGAAAACUAAAACAGAGCAGGCGAACGAAAUUCAGCAGUGGCUAUCUAAGGACACCGUUGGUGAAGCCGUAGGAGCUAAUUCGGAACUGGAUGUGCACAUGAAUUCGCAUAUACAUACCCUACCUCGCAUGCUCGCACCCACUAGCACAGGAUUUGGUGUUGAGCUGGACGACAGGCUACAGGCUAUACGGGCACACACGCACACAUAUCUAGAGCGGGAAGCACCACACACCUAUCAGGAAAGAGAUGAAUCAGAUUUGAAUCUAGGAACGGAUGAAGCACACACAAACAUAGAAAAUAUCAAUACACCCACAGAUGUAACAAGCAAUGGAAUCUACACUGGUGCCACGCCUAAAACACUUGAUGAGCAUUUGAAAAUGAAUAUGCACACUAAAAGCAACCCGAAUACAACACCGCAACUGCACAAUCGCAGGGAACCGGGACCAGGAUGCCAGCCCAAUCUUAAUUUGGAACGUAAACAAUCAAAUAAAAAAACAGGACAGAACCAGCCCACAUUAGGGACGGGCCAGGUGCCACCCAAUGCUUCGUUUGAACCCUUAGAGGCGAGGGGCCGUAGCCAAUUUGCAGAUAUUUUUGAGUGGAAUGCGGAGCUGCCCGAGGUAGAGGGCGAAAACAGUCCUGAGAAGCUGCUUUCUAUAAUUUUAGGUCCGAUUGAGAUGGAAAAAUUGGUUUGGCGCGGCUGUCUAAUGUUUCAGGACGGCCUACUUUACUGCGUUACGAUAUUGCCAAUCCGUUUCUGCUUCAGUCUUGUUUCAGGAUUGUUUGCUAUUCUCACAAGCAAUCCGGUCAGCCCCCGACACAUACAUGACACUGUUCAGGGGAUUAUCAUCAUUGUGUCAGUACACCUCAUUGAUUUUCUGGACAUUGACGAGGCGUACCACGUGGUCUUGCAUCUCUCGUGGACACGCACGUGGGUGCUGUAUAAUCUGUUUGACGUCUGUGAUGUCAUCUUAACAGCGAUUGGUCGGCGCGUUAUGGGCUCGCUCAUGUGGAGUAUACGCAAUAAAUCCUGGUACAUUCCGUUGAUGACAGCUAUAGCGUGCCUGUACGUGACGUUGCACAGUUUCGCCAUGACGCUGAAGCUCGCCACCCUCCACGUAGCCAUAGACAGAGGCCAGCUGCUAUUUGCACUACUGCUGGCGAUCAAAAUGCCAGAGUUCAAAGGCGGCAACUUUACGGGCAUGACCAAGGAAGAUCUGCUUAACACGUGCCUUAAUGAUAUGGUCGACAGGAGUAAGGCGAUGGUCUUCUCGCUAUUGAUCUUCAUGCACAAAGCGUUGCGGUGGCGUACGCACCAGCCGUCUGAGUGGGUGCCGGCCAUUGCAUCGGCCACUCUAAUGGUGUUGGGAGUCGAAGUGCUCGUUGAUGUGAUCAAGCACGUCGCGAUUUUGACGUUCAACCUGGGUGUACUCAGCCAUUCAGAAUACUAUAAACUCAGUUUAGAUCUGGCCAAGGACUUGCUACAAUGGACUAAUAAAAACUCUUUGAGUGGUCUGGGCGAUUGCACUGUGAGUCUACUGAGUGAUCGGUUUGGCUAUGUCACAGUGCCGCUCACCUGUAUACUGCUGAGGCUGUGGACGCGAUGGUAUCUCAUCAAAACUAGCUACUGGAUGGUGCGUGCGGAGAAACUAUCAACCCAGCAAUCAAUAUCAGAGGUAUUUCAGGUGACGACCGAAACCGGUCUACAAGCCAAUAAAGGAGGAACUGGUGUUGUUGAGACGAGACUCAAGGAAACACGCAUAUAUAGUACUCACAAGGCUGCCACAAGUACGAUCGCAGAAGACGGCAACGAUAUAGACAAUUUAGAAAGCUCGUAUACUGCAAAAGAUAUUGACGGGCGUGAGACACCGAGACCGGAUCGUUCCGCGGAUAUCAAUGCAGCAGAUAGAAUUCCAGUCGAAUCGGAUAUGGAUAAUUAUACGAACGAUAAUAUACAACCCACCACUACUGGCACAGCAACAAAACGAUACCAACUACGGGCGUGUCGGAGCGCACCCCAUCACACAGCGACAGGCGAUACUUCGGAUUCCUCAUCCACCACAGACACAGGAGUUUAUUUCACAUUUGCACGCCAGUGGAUACUUAACUGGGCGAGGGGUUUAAUAGGACGAUCUGUGGCGGGUAGAGAGCGAGAUGCUCAGUAUGUUGGGCAUACAGUCGUUAAUAAUCUGGGGCAACCGUGGGGUAGAUUGGUGCAGCUUGUUUCCGUGGCUUUCCUAGUGUGCACGUGCCCUACCUACGUGGGGUGGAGCUCACUUCACUUCACCUGCAUAGUACCACUACUCAUGGUGUAUCCGUGCGAUCCACGAUCCACAGCCUCGUUUCUUCCUUCCAAGCGCACAGUUUGUGCAUAUGCUACGGCAUCUUGCACUGGUACAGAAUACUAUCAGUAUUCGAUACUCCUGUUCAACGUUGUUGUAGUAGUUGGAGCAGUACAAUACGCCAGAUCGAUAUUGGUUCUUACCCACACCAAACGAUUUACGCGAACAGAGUUCGACUCGCCAAUAUAUACCGGUGCGAAUUCAGGCGGCGGCCUACCGCUGAUAAGUGGUGGGAGCUAUACGCCGCACUACGAUGAGCCUUGCCUGGACGAGACCUACACACAUUCAAGAAGCAGUCACAAACAACCCAGCGUACCUGACGGAUCCAUGUUGCAGUGCUCAAGUAACAUGCAGAGACUUGCCAGCGAAGGCCCCUCUACUUCCGAUCGCAGGCGAGAUCGGAUCCGAUCAUCUAUAGGCCCCAUUGCAGACAUUCUCGUGUCGCACAGCGUGUCUGAUAUGAUGUUUAGUUAUGAGCGCGUACGUUAUUAACUGUACAACAUAUCUUAUAUUUGAUUGUUGCCACUUAUCCUGCAUCGUAUAUCUCACUCGCGAUCAUAAGGUAUGUUGGGAUAAGCACAGUACGUAAGCGGACGUCGCUAUCAUCAGCACGAUCCGAAGCCACCAGCUCGUCAUUAGGUCCAACAUCAGCCCAUCGUGGACUGUGUGGACA